GGUGCUGCUGACGCUGCUCGUCAUGGCAGCAGCGAGCUCGGCGAAUGAGUAUUACGCCCGCUGGGAUCACCUAGACAGCAGGCCUCUACCUCAGUGGUAUGACCAGGCUAAGGUCGGCGUGCUCCUCUACUGGGGCGUGUUCUCUGUGCCCAGCUUUGGGUCCGAGUGGCUCUGGUACCAUUGGAAAGGCCGCCAGAACAGCCUCUUCUCGGAGUUCAUGCACGCUAACUACAGGCCCAAUGUCACCUACCAGGAGUUUGCCGCGGCCUUUACCUGCGAGUUCUACAACGCUGAGCGAUGGGUGGACCUCCUGCUCAAGUCAGGAGUGAGGUACGCUGUGUUCACGGCGAAGCACUUCGAGGGCUACACGCUCUGGCCUUCGAAGCGUUCAUGGAACUGGAACUCGGUUGACAUCGGACCGAAGCGGGACCUCUUAGGUGAGUUCGCAAAGGUGCUGAAAACGAGCACGAACAUUCGCCUGGGCGUCUACUACUCCCUUUACGAGUGGUUCAACCCACUCUUCUUGGACGACAGGGAGAACAACUUCAAGACCAGCGAGUUUAUUCAGUUCAAGAUAUUGCCGGAACUCCACGAACUAGUGCUGAAGUACGAACCGGAAGUGAUUUGGGCAGACGGCGACUGGGAAGCGCCGGACGUCUACUGGGAAAGCCCCAAGUUUCUAGCUUGGCUCUACACAAACAGCACCGUUCGCGAUACAGUGGUCGCCAAUGACCGUUGGGGCAAAGGACUUUGGUGCAAACAUGGCGACUUCAGGAACUGCAAAGACGGUCACAAUCCCAAGACGCUACAGAAGUACAAGUUCGAGAACGUGAUGACCCUGGACAAACCAUCAUGGGGCUACAGACGCAACGCUCAGCUCAAGGACUACGUCACAGACCACGAGCUGGUCACUACGCUCGUGGAGACCAUCAGCUGCGGUGGCAACUUGCUCAUCACACUGGGCCCCACGCACGAUGGCCGCAUCCCUAUGAUCUUCGAGGAGCGGCUCACUACCCUGGGUGCCUGGCUAGCGCUGCACGGCGAGGCGGUAUACGCCAGCAAGCCGUGGGCUGCGCAGAACGACUCGGUCUCGGCUGACGUAUGGUAA